AUGACAAAAUAUGAAGUACUAAUAUUUUUUGACAGUAAAAAUGAUUAUUAUGUUCCAAAAAGGUCAGAUGUAUUACCUGUUAAAAUUAUAUCUAGCGUACCUUAUGACAAAGUAAGCAGCAGGUUUAAAAAAUAUAGCCACAAAAUACUUUAUAAAGAACCUUACAAAUCAUAUGAAUAUGAUGUAAACAUAUAUGAUGAGAGAAAAAAGUUUGUUUGGGAUUUAUAUCCAUUUUGUUAUUAUCAUCCUACCAGACAAGUUGAAUCAGUUGAAUUCUACUUUUCAUUUGAUGAUACAAACAACGAAAAUCCCUUGGUUGCAGGAUUUGUUCAAAAAGAUUUGACAGACACAGUAUACUAUAGGUAUAAUUUCUUAAAGGGUAGAAGAACUGCACAUGGAUUACCUUCUGAUGGAUUGUUUAAAGCUGGUGAUUUGUUAACAGUAUUACUCCAGGAAAAAUAUAAAAACCAAAAUAAUAUUUUAACAUGUCCCAGGCUCAAACCAUCAGCCGAAUCAGCUAAAUAUCCUUCUGUAGGUACAUAUGCCAAUAAAAUAGCUGUUUCAAAAACUCAAGAUUUAAAGUAUGAGUAUUUUGACAAAUAUGAACAUAAAUUCGAGGACACCUUGAAAAUAUCAUCAUUUUAUAUUAAUGAUGAUAACAAUUGUUUAUACAUAAAUUGUCUAAACAAAUUUAAAAUAUUUUUUUUGUAUUCUGUUGGAUUUUAUUUUCCAAAAAAUAGCAAUCUUAACACACCUCUUGGGCAAGUAACAAUAACUGAAUUAAAGGAGAUAAACCUAAGUAAUUUAGAGUCCACAUUGAAGAAAGAAAAUGAUAAAAUAUAUCCGACCUUAUCGUUUAUGAUUGAACAAAAAGAAAAAUAUAGUUACAGAAUUAAUGUAUCAAACAAGGUUGAUGAUAAUUUAAAUGGCUUUAAAAAAUUUAUUCAUGAAACUGUUACCGAAUAUAAAGAUAAAUCAUCCGAAGUUUUAUACAAUGGUAAAACGUUGGUAGUUAAAAAUAAAACAGAAAAAAAUAUAAUUCAAAAAUUAAGUGAUUUAAAGGGAACUUUUACCUCUAUUUGUGUGUUUUUCGGUACUAAGGAUGAUAACAUACCUUUACUUAUCCAGGUAAUAAACUCGAACACAGAUAUCAAAAACUAUAUUAAAAACAACGAUGUUAAUUUUUGGGAAGAAGUAGAAAUUCAAGUUAGUGAAGAAAACAUUGACCUAUUAAAUAAAUUAAACGAAGUUCAGGCUAGCAUAUCUAAAUCAGUGUCUAUACUUAUUGAUACGAAAGAUAAUUAUGGUUUAAGUGAAUUGCAAAAAAUACCUGGUUUUAGUGUUUCUGGAUCACAGCCAGAAAAUAUAGAAGUUUCUGAAAAUACAAGUUUAGAUUGUAUAAAGAAUAAGGGAUUUGAAUGUUACAAGCACACUUUAAGUUCUUUAUCUGAUUCUGAUUCGAGUUCAUCAAAUAAUGACGUUGUAUUAAAAUUUUUUAUGAAGAUUUAUAAAGAUGAAAGUAUUAAUAGUAGCAAGUACACCGAAUUAAAUUUAUUUGACAUCUCUGGAAAAACCAAACAAUAUAUAAGCUAUAAUAAAGGUUUCGAUAUAUUUAACGUUUAUUUUUAUGGACAAGACCCUAGACCUUUAAUGAUUUGUUAUAAUAAUGCCUGUUACAGACCAAGUAGCAUCGACGACUAUUUUGAAAAAUGGGUUCCAGUAAAUGGAAUAGACAAGUUUAAUUGUGAAGAUAGUAAUGAAAUACUAUUGGAUUCUCUUAGAAGUAUAUUGUAUAGCCUUAACCCAGUUCAACUUAAUCAUCAAAUUGAAAGUACAGCGAGUGAUACUACAUAUACAACACACACAUUUUAUGGUACAGAAAAAACCGAAAUUAAAAUUACUCUUUCUCCAGAAGAUAUGUCUUGCUAUAAAAAAUAUACACAUACUCCCAGUAAAGAAUAUGUACUUGGAGAAAUUUGUCAUAACGAAAAUAAAUUAUUUUCUGAUUAUAAUGCUUAUAAAGAAUUAAAUGGAAAUGAAACAAAAUUUCCAGAUAAUGUUUUUGUAUAUUAUUAUUUAUAUGAUUAUAACCAUGAUUAUCCACUGAUAAUUUCAUUGGUGUUUAAUAGUGGUAGAGGUGACAGUGACGCUGUUACGGAAUACUACGAAUUGUCAGAUAAAGACAAUUUAAAAUGGACUAAAAUAUCAGAUACCUCCAAUUUAAAUGAACAGUCGGAACUAGAAAAUAAAUUAAAAAGGAUAAGAUAUGGGUUGGGAAUCAGUUAUGAUAAAAGCCCAGAUAAACUCAUUAUCAAAUCAGCAGAAAACUGUAAGGAAGAUAGUGUCGCAGGAGCUGUUGCUGGAACUUUUAGCGUACUAGGAUUGACCGGAGCUGGUGUUGGAUUAGCGUAUUACAAAUUUCCUGAAUUCUUUAUUUCAUUGUUCAGAAAAGUUCUCAUUUGGACUCCGAUACCAGUACAUUAUUAA